AUGUUCUGGACACCAAAUAUCAAAAAGGAGCAACUUGUUAAGCUAACAAUCGGCCUAACAAGUCUUGUCUCAAUGACAGUUCUAUUGGAAAUGCUUUCGGAUGCCAUCCCGAAGACCUCUGUGUUUCCAUUACUUGGGAUUUAUGUGGAGACAAUUCAAAAGAAUGAACGCCCAACAACGACGCAAUGACUUUAUGCAUUGUUGAUCUAUAUAGAAGAGAAAUAUUGGAGCCCAUUUCCUGUCGAUGUUGGGACUCCUGACUACGAAGGCGGAAAUGUCACCAUUAUCGAGAUCAACGGCACUGAGAUUGCCGUCGAUGCGCCAAUUAGUCAGUCAACAAAUUCGGCGAAUCCGUAUCAAUUAGAUGACGACAUCGCCAAUAUGAUUACAACGGUUACUCUUGUGGUGAUUGCUCUAAGCCUCAUCACCACUUCAUUGGCCGCUUUCUUUGCGGCCACCAAUGAUCGAUUGGCAUGGCCGAUACGCUUAUUGAUCACCGCGGAGAACGUGAAUAAGCUGCUCUACGCCAUUUGCUUUGUGCCGGUGAAAUUCUGCAAUAUGUCGUGGGUCGAUCCAGCUAUAUGUCCUUAUGAGCUAUACAUGAUCUUUUACACCAUGCUCUGGUACCCUGAUAAUUAUGGGUUAAUCGACAUUGCACAGUAUUGUCAGUGUCUCGUUUCGUUGAGCGAAGCGUAUAAAAUUUUUUACAAUUUGCAAGAUUUCAUCACGGCGCUUUUAUGCAAUUUGGGCGGCAGUGCGAUUUGUGUGUUCUGCCUUCGAAAGCCGAAGGAGCGAGUACAGAACGAGAGACCAGUAAUCGCCAUGUUUGUCCCAUCGAAA